ACAGGCUCUCGGGGAGCUGGCUGGCUGGCUGCUCGGGCUCCAUAUGCAGCAGCAGGCACUGUCCUGAUCACCUAGAGCUCGUCCACUCCAUGAUCAGCUGCUCCCCUCCAUCUCACCCACUCACCCUCACACUGGAUUUAUACCUGUCCAUGAUCACACACCUACCGCACUGCACUCCGGCUGCUGGGGUACCCAGAGGGGAGGGGUGGAGGCAGCUCACUUUUAUUUCCUUGCAUGAGUGAAGAGAGCAACGAGCAGGCAGAGCUGAGAGAGAAUAGGAGCAGGAGCUGUCUUUAUUGACAUCACCCCUCACCCCCUCCCUGCUCCCUCUGUAACCCAGCCAGCCCGGGCGAUCCACACCUGCAAUGUCCUAUCCUCAGGGUUACCUCUACCAGCCCCCCGGCUCCCUGGCUCUCUACCCCUGUCCGGCUUAUGGAGCUUCGGCGCUGGCCGCCCCCAGGAGCGAGGAGCUGGCCAGGUCUUCAUCCGGCUCCGCUUUCAGCCCUUACCCGGGAUCUGCCGCCUUCAGCGCCCAGGCGGCCACAGGUUUCAGCAGCCCCCUGCAAUACUCCAGCGAGCCGGGAGGAUUCCCCUCCUACAUGGGAUCCCCUUAUGAUGCCCACACAACUGGCAUGGCUGGGGCAAUUAGCUACCACCCGUAUGGUAGUCCGGCUUACCCAUACCAACUCAACGACCCAGCUUACAGGAAAAAUGCCACCAGGGAUGCUACUGCCACGUUGAAGGCCUGGCUGCAGGAACACAGGAAGAACCCUUACCCUACCAAGGGGGAGAAGAUCAUGUUGGCCAUCAUCACCAAAAUGACCCUCACUCAGGUCUCCACCUGGUUUGCUAAUGCCAGGAGGAGGCUCAAGAAGGAGAACAAGAUGACCUGGGCACCUCGAAAUAAAAGCGAGGAUGAAGAUGAAGAUGAUGGAGAUGGUGAAAGAGGGAAAGAAGACCAUUCAGACAAGGUCCAAGAUAGCAACGAGACGUCAGCAGAAGAUGAAGGUAUUAGUUUGCACGUAGACUCCAUGACCGAUCACUCGUGUUCCGCCGAAUCGGACGGUGAGAAGUUGCCCUGCCGAUCUGGGGAUCAUCUCUGUGAAUCGGGGACCGAAUCUAAGGACAAGUAUGAGGAUGAUGAAGACGAUGAAGAGGUUGAUGACGAAGACAGGGGGGUCCCCUCUGCUAAAUCUGUGACGUCAUCUCCUCUAACUGGGGUAGAAGCACCUCUCCUCAGCCACCACCAGCACGACGGCAGCCCUAGAAUCUUAAACAAGGCCUCUUUGGACAAUAGGAUUUCUCCCGGAUCUCAGACUCCAGCCAAACCCAAACUCUGGUCACUGGCCGAAAUUGCCACUUCGGACCUAAAACAUCAGAAUAUCAGUCCAAGUUGUCCACCCCCUACUUUGUCCUCAGCCCCCUCCUCAUCAGCAUCGCACAGCUCGGCAUACCCUUCAUCCUCCAUUCUGGGAAGGCAUAUUUACUACACAUCGCCUUUUUAUAGCAAUUAUACAAACUAUGGGAAUUUCAAUGCUCUUCAAAGUCAAGGGAUACUGCGAUAUAAUUCGACAGUGGCGACUUCGAACGAGGGACUUAACCAAACGGUUCUCACCAGCACCUCUCUGCACAAACACCCCAGUGACUCAAUAAAAAGUGUCAGCACUCAGCUCGAACAGCACUACAGGGCGAAUAACUAUGAAUCCAAAAAAGAUCCCACUGAAGUCUGCACAGUAGGAAUACAACCAUACCUAUAGAUGUGCAAUCAGACAGCAAUGCAAGCAGGUGUCACAAUUGCUUUGAAAAAAAGUCAGCAAGCCAUCAUCUCUCCCUCAGCUAAUAAGUAUUACAACAAAUAUCUAAAUCCGGAUCACAUCGUGUGCCACUGUAUAAAGGAAGAUACACAGAGCACUAUUAAAUCUACAGACUCCUUUAAAAAAAAUUAAAGAGGUUCCCUUUGACAUAUGUGAAUUUAUUGGUAUAGUAUAGUUGACCAUGUAUAUUUGUGACUUUUUUUUUUUUGCAAACAAUCUGUUUUUCUCAGGAUAUCUUGACUUGAUUACUUCAUUGCCACUAUAGGUGUUAUGAUAGAAUUUAUUAUAAAUGAAUGCAAAGAAGAGGGACACAAAAAAAAAAAAAAACUAUUUGGAAAAUAUGUAUACAAUAGAGAUAAUAAUUGUGAUUCAUGAACUGGAGUACUUAAAAUAUGGGAGGAAAAAAAACAAAAAAACAACAAAAAGCAGAUUUGAUAUUUAUUUUUUUAAUGAUAUAAAAGCUUCUAGUAAUUUAUGCAAGUUGUAUUGCAAUGAAAUUCGAAACAUUUUUUGUAAAUAAACUCUGCCUGGUUUUUAUUUGGAAACGAAAUAUGACAUUUAUUAAAUUUAUUGUCAACGAGUAUUCUCUACU